GCCACGCUUGCAGACGUGGUGACGACAUGCGCGUCGAGCGCUCUGAUUUCGGUGGACAGCCAAUCAGCUGCAUCCAGGUCACAGAGCCGUGUUUGUAGCGGAAGAGAAGAUGGCGGCUGCAGCUGCGGGGAACAGAAAGAGCGGGCUGCUGGAGAAAUGGAGGAUCGAUGAGAAGCCAGUGAAGAUCGAUAAAUGGGACGGAGCGGCGGUGAAGAACUCUCUCGAUGACGCUGCGAAGAAGGUGCUGCUGGAGAAGUACGGUUACUUGGAGAACUUCCAGCUGGUCGACGGGCGCCUGCUGAUCUGCACCGUGUCCUGUCUGUUCGCCAUGCUGGCUCUGGUCUGGGACUACCUGCACCCCUUCCCCGAGUCCAGACCCGUCCUCGCCUGCUGCGUCAUCUCGUACUUCAUCAUGAUGGGCAUCCUCACGCUGUACACCUCCUACAAAGAGAAGAACAUCUUCCUGGUGGCCAUGCAGAAGGAUCCAGCUGGGAUGGAUCCAGACCACAUCUGGCAGCUCUCCUCCUCCCUCAAACGGUUUGACGACCAGUACACGCUCCGAGUGUCCUUCACCGACGGGAAGUCCAAGAAGUCGAGGGAGGCGGACUUCACCAAGUCGGUGUCGGUGUUCUUCGACGAACACGGGACGCUGGUGAUGGACCAGUUUGAGAAGAGCGUUUCUAAACUGCACGACACGCUCGCCGCCGAUAAGAAGACCAAAUAAAAGACGGGAAGCAAACGUGGUGUGAGUCUGCCUCCUCUGUUCCUCCUCAGAGUUCACUGGUUUCAGCGUCAGCUCCAUCAGGA